UGAAAAUUGACAAUCCUAAUUCCUAAAGUUGUUCAAACUUGUACUCCCUACCUUCACACCUAACUUGUACGUGUUAGCUUUGAUAUUUCCUUGAGUGGAAAGCAAUUUCAAGUUGACCAAACACCGGAAAGCAAUUCAACAAAAGAAAAUUAAACUUCCAGAAGUCAUCUCUUCUCGGCUGCGUAGAUAGAAAUUCUCCGCUCAAGAAAAUGGGAAGUUGCAGAUGAGUACACGCUAGCAUUCCUCCUUCAUCAAAUCAACAUGCAAUCUUAAACCUGGCAGGAAUCCUCUAUAUUCGACCCCAGUUAAGAGACUGUUCUCCGGUUGACCAAAACAAACCAAAGGGUGAGACAGAGAACAGAUUCUGCAAAAGCCCUUUACAAUCUUGUCUUUCAUAGUUCCGAAAAUUUGGGUCCCUAAAAAUGGAACAUUUUCAAUCUCACAGGGUGGAAAUAGUAAGCAUAGCCGUGGCCGUGGCUGCCAUUGGCGCUGCUACUGCUUACUAUUUAUAUGUUACAAAGAAACCCGAAGGCUGCUUGGAUCCUGAAGAAUUCAAAGAAUUCAAACUUGUUAAACGCACCCAACUCAGUCACAAUGUGGCUGAGUUUAAGUUUGCUCUUCCCACACCAACAUCAGUUUUGGGGCUUCCAAUUGGACAACAUAUGAGUUGCAGAGGAAAAGAUCAGCAUGGUGAUGAUGUUGUCAAGGCAUAUACUCCAACAACUUUGGAUUCAGAUUUAGGGUAUUUUGAACUAGUCAUAAAGAUGUAUCCCCAAGGAAGAAUGUCCCACCAUUUUCGGGAAAUGCGUGAAGGUGAUUACUUGGCUGUGAAGGGACCCAAGGGGCGCUUCAAGUAUCAACCUGGCCAAGUGAGAGCAUUUGGUAUGCUUGCUGGGGGAACUGGCAUCACUCCAAUGUUCCAGGUUGCUAGAGCCAUAUUAGAGAACCCAAAUGACAAGACUAACAUUCAACUUAUUUAUGCCAAUGUCACUUAUGAGGACAUUCUGUUAAAGGAAGAGUUGGAUGAGCUUGCCAGUAAAUUUCCGAACCGCAUGAGUGUAUACUAUGUUCUGAAUCAGCCUCCUGAAGGAUGGGAUGCUGGCGUUGGAUUUGUAUCCAAGGAAAUGAUUCAAGCCUACUGCCCUGCCCCUGCUCAAGAUAUUCAGAUUUUGAGAUGUGGACCACCUCCCAUGAACAAGGCCAUGGCUGCUCAUCUAGAAGCUCUUGGGUACUCUUCCGAAAUGCAAUUCCAGUUUUAAUCUCCACUCUAAUGGUGCUGCUGGUACUUUUAUCCCUUUAUCGAUUCCCUACAAAUUUCCAAGUGAGCCGUGAAAGAAACUCAAGAUCUGUACUCCAUGAGGUAUUUUAGCCAGAGCACUUGAGUCCUACAAUAAUUAGGGUGGAGAGGAUUUGGUAAUUUAUGCUGUACUCAUCACAUAUUUUUGCUAGCAAAUGUUGCUCCUCCCAAAACUCAUUGAUCAAAGUUCCAUAAUUAAUUUGACUACUCUGUCCUGCAUCUUUCUUGCCAGCCCCUGUGGAACAUGAAGGUCACCAUUUUCAUCAAAAUGAAAUGAGUGACCCUUUUUUCCUAUUUGAUGAGUUUGGGUU